AACAACAAGAAGUUCCUCCUCUUCUCGUCACUUUUCAUUCCGCUGGACCCUGAACUUCGGAAGUGUCCUUUCAAGAUUCAUGUCCUGCUACGUUUACGUGUUACAGCCUCUUACUAAUUGAGAACUACAGUCGUAAAACCGAGAUCAGCAAUGUUAUACCUGAAGAAACUUCUUAUCGCCGCUCUGAUCGGCAUCUGUAUAGCACAGCAACAGCAGCUAUACUUGCCUCCAACGAAUGGGUUCAAUAGCAAUGGUAAUGGCUUAAACGGAUAUAGCUAUUCUAAUGGCAACGGCAAUGGAAAUGGAUAUACCAACGGCAACGCUAACGGCAAUGGCUACAAUGGUGGUAAUGGAAAUGGCUACGCCACUGGUAAUGGCAAUGGAAAUGGUAAUGGAAAUGGAAAUGAAGUAAUUAUUAAUGGUGUUAAUGGCAACGGCCUCAAUGGAAAUGGCCUUAAUGGCAACGGCCUUAAUGGAAAUGGCCUUAAUGGCAACGGCCUUAAUGGAAAUAGCCUUAAUGGAAAUGGUCUUACAGGCAACGGCCUUAAUGGAAAUGGCCUUAAUGACAACAGCCUUAAUGACAACAGCCUUAAUAGAAAUGACCUUAAUGGCAACGGCCUUAUUGGAAAUGGCCUAAACGGAAACAGCCUUAACGGACAAGUGGACCCCAUCACCGCCCUUGGGGAAGCCAUCGCUGGAGGUGGUGUUCCAGGAGUCGACUACCCAAUCCUGGCCUCUGUGCCUGGAACCGGCUUCACCUGUGAGGGACAGAAUCCUGGAUACUACGCAGACACAUCUCCAGAAGCAAGAUGUCAGGUGUUCCAUAUCUGCCAGUUUGGCGGGAGACUGGACUCCUUCCUGUGCCCCAACGGCACCGUCUUCAACCAGCAGUACUUCGUGUGUGACUGGUGGUACAACUUCGACUGCUCAGCAGCUGAACAAUUCUUUGGUCUGAACGCUCCCUCUGGACAAGUUAAUGGCAAUGGAAAUGGUGCUGCCAGUGGAAAUGGUGUCCCCAGUGGCGAUAUUAAUGGCAACAUUAAUGGUAUUGCUGUCGUCAAUGGCAAUAGCAAUGGAUACACCAACGGUAAUGGCAAUGGAAAUGGUGCUGCCAGUGAAAAUGGUGUCCCCAGUGGCGAUAUUAAUGGUAACAUUAAUGGUAUUGCUGUCGUCAGUGGCAAUAGCAAUGGAUACACCAAUGGUAAUGGCAAUGGAUACACCAAUGGCAAUGGCAAUAGUUACUCCAAUGGCAAUGGAAAUGGCAUCUCCAAUGAUAAUGUUAAUGGAUAUACCAAUGGCAAUGGUAAUGGCAAUAGUAAUGGCAAUGAUAAUGAAAAUGGGAAUGGGAAUAGUUAUGAAAAUGAGAGUGGGAAUGGCUUCAAUGGAAACGGAAAUGGGAAUGGCUUCAAUGGAAAUGGUAAUGGCUUCAAUGGAAAUGGGAAUGGCUUCAAUGGAAACGGAAAUGGGAAUGGCUUCAAUGGAAAUGGUAAUGGCUUCAAUGGAAAUGGGAAUGGCUUCAAUGGGAAUGGGAAUGGCUUCGAUGGAAAUGGAAAUGUUAACGGCUUCAAUGGAAAUGGGAAUGACUUCAAUGGGAAUGUAAAUGGUAAUGGCUUCAAUGGGAAUGGAAAUGAUAAUGGCUUCCUCAAUGGGAAUGGGUAUGGCAAUAGAUUCAACGGGAAUGGUAAUGGAUUCAAUGGGAAUAGAAAUGGUAAUGGCUUCAAUGGGAAUGGAAAUGGGAAUGGCUUCAACGGGAAUGGAAAUGGUAAUGGCUUCAAUGGAAAUGGAAAUGGUAAUGGCUUCAAUGGGAAUGGAAAUAAUGGCUUCAAUGGGAAUGGAAAUUAUGGCUUCUUCAAUGGGAAUGGGUAUGGUAACAGAUUGAAUGGGAAUGGAAAUGGGAAUGGAAAUGGUAAUGGUUUCAAUGGGAAUGGAAAUGGUAAUGUCUUUUUCAGUGGGAAUGGGAAUGGUGAUGGCUUCAGUGGGAAUGGAAAGGACAAUGAAUUCAGUGGAAAUGGAAAUGGUAAUGGCUUCUUCAACGAGAAUGGGAAUGGUAAUGGCUUCUUCAGUGGGAAUGAAAAUGCAAAUGGCAAUAUCGGUUAUUCUUACACUACACCUGCAUCACCUAAUGGUUUCUAAGGGACUACCAUUUAAAAGAUUUGUGUCUUUGUGAAAUAUGUUAAGUAACAGAAUAAUUGCUCUCAUUUGCACGUGGAAGAAAAGUUGUGAGAAUCAGAAGGAUAUACUAUAUAAGUUUCACAGGGCAUUAUUUAAAGUUCAUUUUAAUCGCACAAUAUUAUUCCUGGGGCAGUACCAGUCCACAUAGCUUUUAGGGUAUGGCAAACUUUUUCCUUUCAGAGUUUAUAUAUCAGUUAACUUUCACGAACCACUAAGUUUCUUUCCCAUUUAUUGUAUCUGCAUCGUGUCGCCACUGGGGAACUCUACAGCUUAAAACUCAUACCACCUGUGCCAUGAAAGCGUUUCUCGUGGCUGUACUUUCACUUAGUAUUUAAGUGAAUUAGUGUCAGUUCAUUUGAAAUGGACGACGCUUGUGCCAUACUGUCUUUCAUAACUAUUAUUGAACACUUACAUAUUAUGAUAAUAAA